AUGCCUUCCAAUUACACCAUCGACGAUAUCAGCCCGCUCAUUAAGUACUCUGGCUCAUGGUCUGCGGGAAGCAAGACCGACUCCUUGUCUUCGCAAUACUCGAAUAACGGUACCUUCACCGUCUCUUCCACCAAAGGCGAUUCCGCAACAUUCAUCUUUACGGGAACGCGAGUAUGGGUAUUUGGAGCCAAGAGGGAUAAUCACGGUGGAUAUAGCGUCAAGCUUGAUGGCAAAAGCACCGACUUGAACGGUUUCUCUUCCUCUCCCGUAUUCAACCAACCGCUCUUUGCUUCCGACACCCUCCCACAACAACAACACACUGUCACAAUAACAAACACAGCGAACGACACGCGUAAAUCCUUCCUCGACAUUGACUUCAUCACAUGGAUGACCGAUUCGCCAUUGCCUGCAAACAACUUCGACGACAACUCCAACUUGUUUGCCUACUCACCCGCAGAUGCAUGGAAAACAGACCUCGGGAAAUCAUACUCGAAUUUCUUGAAUAACUCAGGGCACCUUACGGAUGCUAAGGACGCCUCUGUGACCAUAACAUUUGCCGGAGAAUCAUUAGUCCUCUAUGGCGCGGUCGGGCCCUCCCAAGGUGCUUACUCCGUGAAACUCGAUGGCAGCGACGCUGGAAAUUUCAAUGCACACAAUCCCACCUACUUCUCGCAACAAGCACUUUUCCAGACAGAUUCCCUUGGGUCAGGGAACCACACGCUCGUCCUCACAAACCAACCCUCCGGAUCACAAAACAACUUGGCCAUCGACUUUGCCUUGAUGGCCAGUAUACCGGCUGCUAGCUCGAGCCCGACUGUGAGCGGUAGUUCAACCUCUGCUGCAUCUCCUUCCUCCGCAACUCCUACCGAUCCGAGAGCCCAGGGAUAUGCAAACCUGAGGCACGGUUUAUAUAUCGCCGCUGGUAUUGGUUCAGUCUGUUUACUUUUUACGUUUGCGGCGGUUAUAUACCGCUUCACGUACCGUCGGUCCCUCAGACGGCAGGCCCAUGGGGGUACGACUGAUGUUGCCGCAUUUACUGAAGGCGGGAGUGUUGGAAAGGCCAUUAGUUUGCAAACCGUGCGCGACCCACAUUCGGACAGGAGGCCAUUACUGCUUGGUUCAAAUCUGCGCUAG